UACCGGUUCAAUGAAAACAGAGGUCUUAAGAGCCAAUUUUAUCAGUUACAGCUUAAAGCCAGUGGCUCAUCUGUAUUCGUUCAGAUUGUGUCGAGAUGGAGAAAAGUGUAGCACUGCUUCUGGUUCUCAGUUUGGUGAGAAUAAGCCGUUCCUGUUUGGAUUCUCCUGAGGCUUAUACGUUUACAGGAGCUGUGUGCCGGCUUACCUACCCUGCUGCUGUAGUAUUGAAUGAGAAAACUACAAAAGUGAUAGAGGCUGCUUUUCAGCAUGCCAGAUAUCCCAGUAUAGAGGGAGUGAAGUCAAUGGGCUUCAUGGGUGAGGUGCGAUAUGGAUUUCACAAUUUAGAGAUCCAUAACCUUUCAAUCGGCAAGAGUGAGUUUGAGCUGAAAGAGAAUGUAGGAAUAAGGCUUUCGAUUUCAAAUGUGUCUGCUGUAUUCAAGGGGACCAUCAUCUAUGGAUAUGGCAGCUGGCUACUAAGCUUGAGACAGUCAGUUGAUUUUGAAAUUGAGUCUCAUAUUGACCUGGGCAUCAAUCCAAAACUAUACUGUGGAAAGGGCAAAGUGGCUGCAGACACCUCAGACUGUUACCUCACCUUUCACAAACUGAAGUUGCUCUUACAGGGAGAUCGAGAGCCCGGCUGGCUAAAAAAGAUAUUCACAGAUAUUGUGACUUUCACUGUGAAGUUAGUUGUGAAGUCACAGAUCUGUAAAGAAAUUAACAAUGUGGCCAACAUACUAGCAGACUUCAUUCAAGAGCAAGCAGAGCAAUUUCUAAGUGAUGGGAACAUUGGUGUCGACAUCUCUGUGACCUCUCACCCCAUCAUCAAGUCAAAUUAUAUAGAAUCAUAUCAUAAGGGUCUGGUUUCAUACAAAAAUGAAACAUCGGUUUUUAAUACUUCAGUGUUCAACCCCUCGCAACUGUCUGAGAACCGCAUGCUCUACUUCUGGUUCUCCGAUAAGCUUCUAGACCCACUUAUGGGGGCUGUGCAUCACGACGGCCGUUUUAUUCGCAACAUCUCAGGAACAGAACUCACGGAUCUGUUUCAGACUGAGAUAUCCUCAGCAAGGCCUGAAUUGUUAAACAAGUGGCUGUCCUCCGAGGGCCCGAUGUUAAAUGCAAAGAGCGUUUCUGUUCCUCACAUGUGGACCACCACACAGGGUACAUUUGUCCGAGCUGUAGCUGGAGUUGAACUUUCCCUGGCCGAUCAGGCCAAACCAACACUUUAUUUUGAGACAGAUGUAACAGUUGUUGUGAGAGCCUCAUAUGCAGAGAAGAAACUUAUUCUGACCCCAGAGCUCAUUACUAUAACAGAAGUUUCAACAUCAGGACCUAUUGAGAUGGAUGAGAGCUUAAAGACUUACCUACAGGAGGCUGUGGAAAAGAUGGGCAUCCCCAAAGUCCUAUCAUACCUUGAGGCAGAAUUAACUGCUUUAAUGGAUGAACAAGGACUUUACCUUUUUGACAUCAUCAACCCUGAAGUUAUACCCCAGGAUGAGUAUGUGAUGGUGCAGCUGGAUUUUGGUUUUCCUCAUCACCUGCUGGUGGAAUUCCUCAAGAGAACACUGGAUUGAUGGUCUUGCAUUCUUUCAUUUUCAUUAUCACACUUCCUCACGCACGCACACAAACGUACAUUUGUUUUUGUAUUCUUAUUCUUAGUGGGGACUUACCACUGACUUCCUUUGUUUUUAUACUGAGCUGAGCUUAUUAUAAUGUAAUAAACAUUGACUGUUUUAAGAUAUGCCGGUUUGACAUUAUUGCUUUUAUGUAAAGAAGCUUAAUGUUUAGUUAUUUUGUAAUGUUUUUUCAGACUUUUGUAAAUAGAAAUGUAAGUAGACUUCCUUUAGUAAUAUGAUAAACUCCCUAAUCAAAUGUAGAGGUUGUGUUACCCUUAUUAAACAUUCCAUUGU